AUGGGUCUACGGGAGGUUUUUGCUUUGAAAGCUGAUCUCUAUGCGUCUCCAGAUGAAAUCGCUGCUGGAGAAGAAUGGCAGCAACCAGUGAUUGUAGAUACCAAGAUUAAACGGCUAAAAACGGACAUGGAAUCUAGCGUUUCCAUACUCAAAUGUCGACUGGGUUCGUGUACAGCUGUCCAAGGCGAAUCGGGUGUGAAAUUAUUCGUAACUGUAGAGUUUCACACCACAAGUGAUCAGCAGUUUUUCAUCGUUAGCCAUGCCUCUAGGCCCAUUUUGAAGUGCAAUGUAAGUGCUGUGCGGGAAUCUGUAGAACUCCCACUACAAGUGCUGACGCAAAAAUGCUUAGAGCGUGAUUUGAAAUUGAGAGCCCAAGAUUUGAAGUCGCAAGAGCUCGGCGAGAAAAAUAGACCACGAAAGAAGAGGAAAACGGGAGUUGCCCGUAACGUUGGGGUUGCCAGCAGAAUACCAACCAGGUACCGGGAACUAGUCUGUUCCGAUGCUUGUCUGUCGAUGUCUGGCGGUGAUAAAGUCGAGUGGCUAUUAGAGUUCGAAAUUACUCUUCGAUACAAGCCGAAUGCUACUAACAACUUUUCGCCCGAGACUAAUCAGUUUCUCGAUAACAUCUUUUCCAAAAAAAGUCGACCCCAUUAUGUUAAGCAUGAGAUAACCCAUCAUUAUGUCCAGCGACAGUUUAAUCACCAAACUGCGAAGUACACGAAAGACCUCCAUCUCCGAGCGUCGGAAAUGCUGGCAGAUGUCCCCCAGCUCAACGUUAAACUGUUGCGCUUCCAAAAAGAGUCUGUACAGUGGAUGUUAGACAAGGAAGGAUAUCUGUCUAAUCAAAAUAAUAUGCACAAUGCGGGGCGUUCCAGCGAUCCAGAAGAAAUUUGUGAGCUCCUAAACGCACAUGUGUCCUUUGGGUACGAACUUAUGCACCUGCCAGACAACACAAAAAUGCUUUGGAACAAGUUUACUGGCUUUAUUAUCUCUUUGCAAGAAGCAACUUCGAUUCUCGAAUCUCUCGAGAACCAAGAAUUGCAAGCACAGGGUGUUCUUUCGGAAGAAAUGGGUUUAGGUAAAACGCUAGAAAUCUUAGCUCUAAUCUUAAUAAACAGGCGCAGAAUUGUUGGAAACUUGACGUUCACAACCCGCGCCAACAAAGAAAUACGCAAAGCCGCUACUAGUUUAAUCGUUUGCCCAGAAAGCAUUUUAAGGCAAUGGAUUGAUGAGAUUGAAAUGCAUGUCGGUAAUGAUAGUACAAGAGAUCUUUCGGUGAGAAAUAUCAGCCAUGGAAUUACGCCGCUCGCUGUGUUUCACUACAAGGGGUUUCAAGAGGUCAAGAGUUUUUUUCAAACCGACGACAUUGCUACAAUUGUAGAACAGCUCUCAAACUUUGAUAUUGUGAUUUGUUCUUACACGACGGUGUCUUCUGAAGUCCACUAUGCAGAGUUCGGUACGGCAGUUAGAUAUCGCAGAGGUAGCGCCCCAAAAUAUGACUAUUCCUCACCAUUGUCACUCCUGCAAUUUCAUCGUAUUAUUCUUGAUGAGGUUCAAACGUUACGGGGUGAGAGCACAAACGCUGCGCGAUGUACCGGAUUGCUUCAUCGCGUCCAUACGUGGGGUGUCUCUGGAACUCCCAUAAACAGUAUAACCGAUUUCAAGACUGUAUUGUCCUACUUGCGAUUUCAUCCUUUUCAAGAUAGCCCAAAAAUUGUAGAUCUGGUACGAAAGGGUGUGGCCAGGAAAAAUAGACGGCCAGAUGAGCACGGGGGCACACGAUCAGAGAAUUCAUCUAUGUCGCUUGUGAGAGGAGUACAUUUUGAUGCCAACGAUUUAAUGGACCUCUUUCCUAGGUUCAACUUAAGUAUAAGGCACUCCAAGGUCGAUGUUGCCGACCAAAUUCGAAUCCCCAAACAACACAACUACAUUGUUCCCUUGGAAUUUUUCCCUAUAGAACAAGAUAAUUACAUGAAUCUGUGGAAUGCGUUCUUGGAAAUUUCACAGUACCAGAAUGACGGCCGCGGUAGAACAACAUUAACGCCUAAAGAUCUGAACCAUUGGCUCGGCCUUUUGAGAAAAACUUGCUGUCAUGCUCUUAUGCCAAAGCCAACGUUGAGGCAGGAAUCUGAGCCAGACUCGGUGACCAUUCAAACUAUGGACAACAUUUUGCUCAGCAUGAGGGAGGAUGUACUCGAAAAGAUUGAGUCCCUACACAGAGAAAAUUAUACUUUAAAAAUACAACAUGCGCAAGUCAACAUGGAGCUAAAUGAUGAACCAUUGAAGGCUGCCAAUUCAUUUAUAACUUUGAGGGAGGAAUUAAGAAAUGAUUUGAAAGCUAAAUUCGACGUUACAUUUUCAAUGGAAAAGUCCGAAGAAAGCUCUAUUGCCGAAAACGAGAGCGGCUUCAAUAAAUUGAGCGCAAAGUCGUAUUUGGAUUUGUUACAUCAGGUUUUUUUCUUCAUUGCUACUGCAUACUACUUCUUAGGCUCGAAGAAACUUGAAGGUGUGGACGAGGAAAACGAGAAGCGCUCCAAUAUGCUGGCAGAGGGUCCAUCGGACUCUGAAAUGAAGAGACAAGGAUACUCCGAAGUAUACUCGCAGAAAGAAUUGGAACAAAUUUAUGUGUACCAACAGCUAGAGCAAGAUAAUUACGGGUUCGCUGAGACGCUAAGGAAAGCCAUCUUAGCAGAUCGUAUAAAGAAGGUUGAUAAUGAGAUUGAAGAAGUAAAGCAGUUUUUUAGCUCACAGAAGCAAUCCUCUUCUUGUACGCUUGCUGAGAUUUCCUUGUCAGUCGAUGAAGAUUAUUCUUCUAACAUGGGGGUAGCUCUUUGUUACAAACGAUUGAAAAACCUCGUACAAAGGCUAAAUACCCAAGCAUCGCAGUUCAACGGCUUGUUAGACCGUCUUCAGGAAGUUUCAUACAGGGCUUUAAUAACAGAGUAUGACGAGGAAAACGAAGAAAACAAAGCUAAGGAUUAUGAAGCCACUAUUGAGAAUCAAGAUAAAGCUUUUGCGCUACUAGAUUGUUUGGAAAGACUGUUGACGAAUCGCGAGGAUGCCGCGUCGUCAGACGAAGAAAUUGAGCUAUCUUCCAAUCUUUUCAGAAACACUGAAACAUUUUCAGAUCACCACGUCGGCUUGGCCUCACAGCUUGAACUCAUUGAAGGUCCAUCUCUAAAAAUGAUCUUUACGGAAUUAAAAAAUGUCACGAUUGUCAAAAGCCUUUCAUCAUCUAUGUCUGAUUCUAAGCAUUCAUUUGAAGCAUACCUAGUAAGAUAUGAAUCUCAAAUACCGAGAAUAAAGAAGGAAAUUAAACAAAUGCGAGAUAAUAUGAAAAAGUUCAACGAGAUCUACAACGCCAAAACCAAUUAUUUCAGUAAUCUUCAAAAAAUCUCCGAUUCGCUGGUCUCCCUGAUACAGCUAGAGCCAGCAGCUAGGGCGAUCAUACUUAAGAACACGAAAGACAAUAUUGUGCUCAACGAAAACAUCCGGAAAAUUAAUAACCUAAAAUCAAGACUCAAGUACCUAGAGACCCUUACAGAUCUGAGGCAGAGUCUAGAUCUCAAGAGAAAAUUCAAUUGCACGAUUUGCUUGAGCGAGAUUUACAUGGGCUCGAUGAUCAAAUGCGGGCAUUUUUUCUGCAAAAAUUGUAUCUACAGUUGGCUCAAAAACAAAAGCGCAUGUCCCUUGUGCAAAAUGGAAACCACGAUAUCUGAAGUCUACACUUUCAAAUUUCAAGACACGCAAGCUGAGCCGCCUUUCGACAGAAUGGAGAUAGAAGUUGGGCCGUUAUCUGACAAGGAGCAGGAAGUACGUGGUCGAGCAAUCUCGCAACCCGCCAUCAGAGACAGCGAAUACCCGCGUAAAUACACCAGAUACCCCAAUCUCGAAAAAAUACAUCAGUUAAGUCUCAAAGAGACUUACGGCACUAAGGUAGACUUCGCAGUAAAGCUGGUCCUUUAUCUGCAGAUAUGUCAUCAAGAAAUUCUCGACCAAGAACCAAGCGCCAAAGCCCCUCAAAUUAUCAUUUACUCUCAAUAUUCAGAUUUUCUGGAUAUUCUAUCCAAAGUUCUCACGAGGCAUGCGGUCAAACAUUUCAACACCUCUGGUACCUCAAGAUUCUCCAAGAGCAUUGAAAGGUUUAAAAAAAACCCCGAAAUUUCCUGUCUGCUGCUUGAUGUCAAGAAGCAGGCGACAGGUUUAACUCUUGUGAACGCGACACAUGUGUUUAUUAUGGAGCCAAUUAUAAAUGACAGUGGGGAAAUUCAGGCUAUAAAUCGAACCCACAGAAUCGGUCAAACGCGUGAGACUUAUAUUUGGAAUUUUGUGGUUAGAAAUACAGUGGAGCAUAACAUCGUGAAGUAUAAAUCGAUCUUAGAAGAGAAAAGGGCAUUACAUAAGGAUGAACAGCGCUCUCUCAAAGCUAGAAAGCAAGUAGUAAACGCAGAAGAUGUAAGUGGCAAUUCUAGUGAGGGGAGCGAAGACGAAGACGAAGAAUAUUCAAUCAAUGUUGAGGGGGACGAAAGCGUAUCUGGCAAGCACAUCUGGAAUUGCUUCUUCCAAAGUAAUGAGCUUUAA